AUGGAGUCGGACACAGACGUGGGCUCAUUGCCUAGCAAGCUUGGCCCUUUCAAGCUUGAUUCAAGGUCAUCUUCCAAAUGUGCGACAUCUGAGGACGAGAAAGCAGCAAACAAGGCUGCCAAGGGGUUUGACUGGCAGCCCAUAGAAAUGACCGCAUCAUCGACAUCAGGCCACAAGAUAACAAACGGCGAAGCCUCUAUGUCUAGUUCAAAACCUGCACCCGAACUGCUUUCGCGUGCCACCUAUCAGCCGGAAUCUGCACAACCGUUUAGCAUUAGCCAGCCAUCAGCCACCUGCAACGAACCCUCUAAAAGUCACUGUUUCCACGAGAGCCUAAACAAUGACAACAUUGUGAGUUUCCGAACAAUGGACCGGCGACAGGCUCCUCGAGGCGCAACAUCCUUGGGACCAAACUUCCGUCGCGAACAGCGUAUCACCCCUCCAUGUUCUCCGCAUCGUUCCAAGUCGACCCAUAGGACAGGUUCGACACCGACUCCGAUUCGCGGUGAUUUUAUCGAGGUUUCGAGUCCUGCCAAGAUCACAUCACCUCCUUCUCAGCCUGAUGAAGCUUCCUCCCAUGGAGUCACGCUACAUUUGAGCCUGACCGAAUCUCAAAUGGAUCGACUUACUGAAGUAAUCUCCCGCCCGGAUUCUCCCCACAAAGGAAGCCGUAGGGGCAGAGACGAGGGCGCCACCAAAGAAGGGCUUCACCGUUCUCACAUGCGUGCGUUCAGCGAGGACGAGAUAUUGACAACUCCACCCUUGGUGCGCUCCCAGAGAGACAUUCUAGACAAUCUGGCUAGAAAAAAUGCGAGCACACGGAGUCGAAGCCAGUUUAGAUACAAUGAGCAACAGGCGCCGAGCGCCAGGCAGCCGGGUAUAUCAGCUUCUUUCGCCGACCGCGCUGCGAAUUUAUGCUCACGAUCCCCUGUCAGGCAUUUCACUCGUACAGAAAAAGACAGGUAUACCGACGAUGGAUAUUCUCGAUACACAACCAGCUCCAUCGCCCAGCGUCGAGGUGUACCGCAUCCGCUGAUCGAUACCAUGACCGCUCAGCAACAGGGCAGUCCCUCGCAUCGCCAAACGCCGGUCGAGAUCUUGCGCAAUGAUGACAGCUCGGCGUACGACCGAUCUUGGCAGACGAUAACUCACACGAGUCGGGACGACUCUCCAUCGCGGGUGACUUUCCAAGAGCACCCGCCAUCUUCCAUCUACUCUGCUUUCGAUGAGGGUGAGUACGAUGAUGAUGGAUCAAUGACACACCUCACACCAUUACCUGAGCAGAAUGCUGCCGGAGCCAUGGCGGAAGCCGAUCUACUGCGUUCCCUCGCCGAGUACGAGACUCUUUAUAGCAGAAGCGGCCUCUCCCAGCCGCUAAAGGCGCAAAAGCCCGGCGACCCGAAAUUGCUGUCGAUCAAGACGGGCAUCGGCCAGAUUGAACACUACCCCCGCAUUUACUCCCCAUUGACGCCUUACAUCGAGAGCAUGGAAGACAAGAUACCCCGACGCAAAGUUCUCAUUGGUGAGCACGGCUGGCUGGAGCGCACGGGAGUUUCGACAGACGAUGGCCAGAGCAACGCAGGUGCGGCUCCUCAGCCGCAACCUCCAAAGAAGGGGAUCUUGGAGUCGCUGAAGAAGGUUGCCAAGGAGGUUGUGGAGCUUGCCGACAUGAAGGCAUCUGGUCGCGGGCCUCAUCGCCCCUCGAACAAGCGACCUCCUAACCGACUCGACAUAUCCCUCAACCCCCGCGAGCAGAGCCUCUUCUACUGCGAGCUCGAGUUCCUCAUGACGACGGCGCUCGACGGAUACCUGACGACCCAGUUCGAAACCGGACGGGUGCAGGCGGACAAGUUGAGCAAGGUCGCCGACGCCUGGCGACAGAAGGGACGGCCGGGCGUGGUGGGCUUUCGCUACGACCUGGAGACGCAGCUGGACAUUGUGCUGCUGCACCUGUACGAUUUCAAGUUCUACGGCACCGACUGCACCUCUCCUGCCGUGGUCACGGGCCUGCUUGAGAUGGUCAAGACCGACGCCCGCGCCAUGCGGGUGCGGACUUUCUGCCAGCCGGACCUGGUCAUGGCCAAGCAGCUGCUCGACGCACAGAAGCUCUUCAACAUCCUUGGCUGUCGCGAGCACCUGCAGCUUCAGCUACAUGAGGUGGUGCGCUUCUUCAAGCUGGUUAUGAACCCGGAUAAACACGCCCAUCCGGAGACGGCUGAUAGAGCCCGUGAUGACGGCUCGGGAAGCCCUGCCCGCGGCUCGCCGCGCGAUGCUGGUCGCUCCCGUGACCAGCAAAUGCGUUAUGGCGAUCGUAGAUGGCAGAGCCAGAGCCCUACCAGGAAACUAUGA